AUGAGUAACGAAGCCUCGACAACUAAACUUGUACUUCCUGUCAAUACAGGCAAUAGUACAUCGACAACACCAACGUCAUCAGCAUCACCACCAAUUGGCCUGAACAAUGACCAACAAAUCGGCAUCAAUGGUAAUGGUCUUGUUAAUGAUGGUAAAUUAGCAUCACAUCAUUAUCAAAAUGGUGUACUUCCUGAUCUUCAAUCGACAUUCCAAGAUUCAUCAUGGAGUCACGUUAUUGAUCCAUUAAGUGGAGCCACCGGUGAUCAUCCGUUUGAUGUACCACAUAAUGGUAGUCGAAUGUUUGAACCGCAAACAUCAUUACCGACACCACUCAUGACGAUGCAACAACAAAUGUCGUACCAACAAGAAGUACAAAGACGACCAAUCACUGCAGCACAUCAUUUUUCAGCACAAAAUAUUCGAGGCGGAAACAAUGGUCUAUCUAUGCCUUCAAAUGGACGAUGGAAUAGUCAAACAUCAUCGAUCGGACCACCACCCCAUCUUCAACAACAACCGCAAUCGCCAACAUGGAAUACAUCAUCUAUUUCACAUGGUUUUCCAAUAACAUCAUCUCGUCGUCCGGUGUCGUCAUUACCUAAUUCGAAUAUUCCAAUAUCUCAACCGAAAAAAGGACAAAACAAUUUCUUUCCAUUUCUUCCGUCAUCGACAGCAGCAACCGCAGGUCAAAACCAACCAAUUCGACCCACGCCAGUCAUGGGUAGUUUUCUUUCGGCAACUAAUGGACAAACAUCAUCGCAAAUGAUCAAUGGUGAUAUGGGACAAAAUUUUCCACCGAUCAAUUCCGGUGAUGCAUAUGAUAUGAGUUCAUUUCAACAGCUGAUGGAUAUGAUGCGAAAUGCUUCAAAUGAUGGAACAAAGCGUGUCUAUAAUGAGGAAGGCGGAAUGGGUAGUAUGCUUGAUACAGAAGGUCUAAUGUCCGUUGGUGGGCCAACAUCAUCGUCAUCAACAACAGGUUUAUUUAACUCAUCACCACGUGCAAUGCAAAUGGAUAUGAAUAAAGAAGAGCGUUUUUCACGCAAAGUUUUUGUUGGCGGUUUACCACCGGAUAUCGACGAAGAGGAAAUUAUCGCGCAUUUUCAACGAUUCGGUCCGUUGAUUGUCGAUUGGCCACAUAAACAAGAAAGCAAAUCGUAUUUUCCACCAAAAGGCUAUGCUUUUCUUAUUUUUACAUACGAACGAUCUGUGCAAGAAUUAAUUGAUGAAUGUGUAAUCGAUGACUCGAAACUUUACAUGUGUGUAUCAAGCCCAAGCAUGAAGGAUAAAGCUGUACAAAUACGCCCGUGGUUAUUAGCCGAUUCGGAUUUCGUCAUGGAUGGCACACAACCACUUGAUCCAAGAAAAACCAUUUUUGUCGGCGGUGUUCCACGGCCGUUACGCGCAGUUGAGUUGGCUAUGAUAAUGGAUCGUCUGUAUGGUGGCGUUUGUUAUGCUGGCAUCGACACUGACCCGGAGUUGAAAUAUCCAAAAGGCGCCGGUCGUGUUGCCUUCUCAAACCAACAAAGUUACAUUGCUGCAAUAUCUGCUCGUUUUGUACAAUUACAACAUGGAGACAUCGAUAAACGAGUUGAAGUUAAACCGUAUGUCCUCGAUGAUCAAUUAUGCGAUGAAUGUGCAGGUGCACGUUGUGGCGGAAAAUUUGCUCCGUUCUUCUGUGCAAACGUGACCUGUUUACAAUAUUAUUGUGAAGCAUGUUGGACAUCAAUUCAUGCUCGUUCAGGUCGAGAAUAUCAUAAACCUUUGCAUUCUCGUUGUUCAUCUUCGUUGUUCCUGUUGUCAUUCAUACUUAACCCGCCGUGA